AUGUCGUCUCUGGUAUCCGACUUCCUCAUCAACCCGGUCCUCCGACAAGCUCGCCGCUUUUCAGAGAUCUCGAGAACAACCUUUGUCUCCGAGCGGGACUCUUCGUCCGACCCCGUCGUCGCUCCGAGCGACCUGGAUAGUCCCGCAAUCCGGCAUGCGACUGUUGCGCCACCCGAACCCACUCCGGCACGAUCACUCGACAUUGCGACGCUGCCGCCAACUGUCGACGACGACGAGCAACCUCAGUCUCCCGUUCCUCUAGCCCAGAACGCACCAUACACGAUGGCCGCAAUGCCACCUACAACACGGGAAUCUCUACCCGCCGACGACGGCAUGGGUGCGAUGCGAAAGCGUCUACUCGACAUCCAGUCACAAGAUAUCGCAGCAGACGACAAGGCCCGGCUUAUGCACGAGGCUUUGAUGGAGGGGUAUCGCAAGUCUCGAGACGCUCCGCGCCAAGCCAAUGCACUGGCCAGCGUGAUACCCGCAGGGGAAGCAUGGGAACAGACAUUGCCGAUGGCGCCUCUCGAGUCGUUGAAGUUUUGGCAACAUUCGAUAGGAGAACCGUCAUCGCCAGAAAAGUUUGUUUUGACCGCCGACGAUGUCCGGCCCACGUACGCGGCCUCAAAGCUUGCUACAAGAGAAGAGCCUGAGGGUGCUGUGAUUCUUGGCUGUCAACAUUACCGCCGCAAUGUCAAGCUGCAGUGCUCGACUUGCGCCAAGUGGUACACUUGUCGUUUCUGCCAUGACGCAGUCGAGGACCACACUCUUGUCAGGAAGGAAACCAAAAACAUGUUAUGCAUGCUUUGCGCCACUCCUCAGAAAGCAUCAGACGUUUGCGUGAAUUGCGGAGAGACCGCUGCCCGUUACUACUGCAACAUGUGUAAACUUUGGGAUGACCAUCCAUCCAAUCCAAUUUACCAUUGUAACGACUGUGGUAUCUGCCGACGAGGAAGAGGUAUCGGGAAGGACUUCUUCCAUUGCAAGAAAUGUUGCGCAUGCAUCUCAAUUUCUAUUCAACAGUCACACAAGUGCAUCGAGCGCUCAACGGAUUGUGACUGUCCUAUUUGCGGAGAAUACAUGUUUACAUCUCCCAAGCCAGUCGUAUUUAUGGGGUGUGGUCACAGCAUUCACCAGAAGUGCUACGACGAGCACAUGCUGAGAUCAUACAAAUGUCCCAUUUGCAACAAGAGUCUGCUCAACAUGCAGAGCCAAUUCCGCCAAUUAGAGCUGGCCAUACUUGCCCAGCCGAUGCCCCCCGAAUUCAGGGACACUCGCGCCACAAUCUUGUGUAACGAUUGCAGCGGGAAGAGUUCCGUCCCGUACCACUGGCUCGGCCUCAAGUGCGCGAUUUGCACUUCUUACAACACGGUAGAGAUUCAGAUUAGUGGCGGGAGGGAAGAGACGCCAGCCAGUCACGUGCCCGUCACGCCAGCAGCAGUCACGCCGGCUCUUCUUUCUCCUAUACAGCCUACUCCCGUGACGACGCAAGCUGCUGCUGCUCCGGCAGGAAUGGAUAUACCGCAGGUCGGCAGGCGACGGCAUUCGUCUCAUGCUGGCCCUGAGGCGCGUCAUCUGAUGUUGGAUCGCUUUGCUAGGUCAGCUUCGCCAGCAGUCACGCCCGGUAUGCCACCACCAAACUCGGCAAAUGCUGCAAUCGAAGAAGAAGACGAAUCAGAGAAUGAUAUUCUCAACUUAUGGGGUCGGGGUCAUGGUGACUCGGACGAUACAAUGUCGACAGAUGUGGACGAAGAAGACUCGGAGGGCGAGGAUGAUGAUGAUGAUGAUGACUAUGAGAACGAGAUCAUGCUCAUCGGACAUCGGUAA